AUGACCAAGCCAACUUUGACUUAUUUCAACGGAAGAGGACUCGGAGAGGUUACCAGACUUAUUCUCACAUUUGUGAAUGUCGAGUUCAAUGAUGUUAGAGUUGAUAAGAUCCCAGACGAGUUGAAGGCUACUCUGCCAUUCGGUCAAUUGCCACUUUUCGAGGAUGGAAUCGUCAGAUUGGCCCAGUCCUCAUCAAUUGCUAGAUACGUUGCCAACAAGCACAACUUUGCUGGUGCCAACGCCGCCGAGAAGGCCUUGGCCGACAGCUUUGUCGACAGUGCCUCUGAUGUCAUUACCCCAUACAGAAACGCCACUGAUGAUGCCAAGAAGGAGAAGUUCAGAACUGAGACCCUGCCAAAGUUCCUCGCCAUCUGGGAGAAGACAUUGACUGCCAAUGGUGGAAAGCACUUUGUUGGCGCCAACUACACAUGGGCUGAUGUUGCCAUCUACAACGCACUUUACGUCCUCUCGAUCAAUGGUUAUGAAGAUGUCAUCAAGAGUCACACCACUGUCCAAGGUUUCAGCGCUGCCUUCGAGGCUGUCCCACAGAUUGCUGCCUACCUAAAGGUUCGUCCAGCUUCCCAGUUCUAA